AUGUUGCGAAGCAGUAUCAGGGCCAGCAAGGUUGAGGAGGAUGUGGAGAAGGACAAGCAGGAAGGGGUUCGAGAUGAUGAAGGUCGACCCAGGUUGCAAGGACAGGAUGGUCGCCAAUCAACACAACAUGAGAAGGUCGACCGGAGGACGCCGUUGACCUUGCAAACCGCCUGGAGCUCAUUGCAGGAUCCUCAACGGCCAUUGGAACUCGACAACCGAAGUAUAUCACAUCAGCAUCUGCAACGCUGCAUAUCAACUCGGGCCGUGAGCAGCUUGGCCAAGGCACCUUCGGUCGCUGUUAUCUCUUUCUUUCUUCUUUCGGAUCGACUGGUACCGCAGGUCGCUCUGAACUUGUCUAUCCCUAAGCCAUCCGAACGGGAAUGUCAACAACACCGCCUAGCACGAGCUCGAGGCUCGACAAGUUCAAAAGAAAUGCGCUGGCCAUCAACCACUGGGAAGGAGUCCUUCAAUCAAGCAUUACAUCUCGUCAAUCUCAACCAACCAUCUCGCCAAGAUGUCAUCAAAAUCAUCAAUCCGGACAGUGGCUUGAACAAAAUGCUUGAAAUUGCAAAUCAGGAAUUCGACAAAUUUGUCUUUGUCACUCAAAUCAUCCUCAUAUUUCGAAGACUCUCGGAACAGCAUGUCGUCUCUUCACCUCACUUCGAACACCACCUCCGCAAUGCCUCUUCUUCCGAGGAUCGCCCACAUCUUCUUGGUUUGGUCCACUUCGUCCCUCAACGCUUCCUGUCAUGA